GAAGGGCAGGGCAGGGCAGGGCAUUCCGGCCGGGCGGAGUGCGGAGCCAUGGACAAGCUGAAGCGGGUGCUGAGCGGCCGCGACGCCGAGGAGCCGAGCGGCCUGGCCGAGGUUAUCGAUGCGACUUCCUUAGGCUGGGGCACCCGAGUGAAAGGUUUCAUUGCCUGUUUUGCGAUCGGAUGCCUGUGCUCGAUCUUGGGUAGUUGUCUGCUAUGGAUACCAAAGAAAGGGCUGGUUCUCUUUGCAGUGUUUUAUACCCUGGGGAAUAUUGCAUCCAUUGGGAGCACCAUGUUUCUUAUGGGACCAAUGAAACAGUUGAAGCGGAUGUUUGAGCCUACACGUUUGAUUGCUACUAUUGUUAUGCUAUUGUGCCUCAUACUAACACUGUGUUCCGCUUUCUGGUGGCGUAAGGCAGGACUCGCACUGCUUUUCUGCAUCUUGCAGUUUUUUGCCAUGGCAUGGUACAGCAUUUCCUUCAUACCAUAUGCAAGGGAUGCUGUGAAGAAAUGUGUUUCAGUCUGUCUGUCCUAAUGGGAAUACUGGAUGUCUGACAAAGUUCUAGGAAGUUCUAGGUAGAACUGUUUUGGAGCACUGUGUUGUGUAGUCUCCUACUUCUGUCUUCAACACAUGCCUUUCAGCUGCUUGUUAGAAGCUCCUUGUGUUACACCCAGCAUCUGCAGUUGCUAGGGUUUGUAAGCAAUGAUGUCUGUGGGACAGGGGAUCAAAUGAAAUUCAAUUUGGCAGAAGAAUUGGGCAGAGGUCCACAAUUUGUUAUGGUGAUUCUUGCAUAAAUUAAUGGAUUUGGUUUUGCAAAAGCUUCAAAGUAAUGUGUGAAAUCUGUAAAGUUAAGACCUUGGCUCUGGUGGGACUGUGCCAGUUCUAGAGUUGAAAACUGAUUUCUUACCAAAAACUUGGUUUUUUUAAAAAUAGCCUUAUUUCACUUAAUCUUUGCACUGCUUACCUUAGAUAAUGAAAUAUUGGUAUUCUUUCUUUUCCUGUCUCUCUUGAAAAGUUUUAGUUUUAUGAGAUUUCUAAAAGAUGUAAUUCUAAAACCAAACAUGGUUUUGGACUAACCAUGAAAUGUUUGCAUCUUUAAUGAAAUACUUAAUUCUCAGUCCAUACUGAUAGUCUUUCCUUAAAAUACAUGAAAGGGACAUUUUCACCUGAAAAAUCUUGUUGCUGUUGGAAAAGCACUCGUAAAAUAAGAUCCAUUGAUGUUUUCAGCUACCAGGAACCUGAGUUCUUUUCCUUGCUCAUGGUUUCAAGGUAGGAAGCUGACAUUUUUCACAUGAAGUGAGGUGCUUCUUUUCUCCUCCAGCUGUAGAAUAAGAGCAAUGCAAAGGGCGUGGUAGGCAAGCAAUAAAAUAAUUUAUGUAUGUCCUUUCUCAAAGGACAAACUGUCGUAAGGUAGAAGUGGGUUAUUGUUUUUAAGCAGCCUGGGUCAGGGAAAAGACAUUUUCUUCUGAACUUGUAAAUAAGUUAAAACUCCAAUAUUUAUCUUUGUUUCUUUGUAAGUGGAAUCAGUUUUCUUUCUGCUAAAACUCUUGCAAACACCAGUGACCUUCUCCGCAUGGAGGAGAAAGCACAAUAUUCUGUUGCCUGUGGUAGCAAGGAAAGCAUGAAACAAUCCCUCUGCCAGCUCCAAACAAAUGCUGAGUGGUCUGUAUCCAAAUUCCAAGGCCACUGUGGUCUCUUCACCUUCUGAGCUAUAUGUAAUAAUUUACUCCCAUGGCACUGGAGUGGUCAGUUUAAUAUCUGAACACAGAUUCCUGAUUCUGCUGUGUGAGAUAGUGUUUAACUACUUUCCCCUUUCCUCUUACCAAACUGUCUUGCUGAAGCCAGUGUUUAAGAUUAUGGUUUUCCAGUGCACUCUAGUGGAAACUGAAGCAUCUCUUCCUCAAUCUACUAAGAGUUUAGUUGUUUAAGAGCAUUGUGUUUGCAUGGCAAGUGUAUCCCUGACUUGUGCCACAAAGACUUUAAUGCAGGAAAAAUCUGGAUCUACCUGGCUGUGAAGUAUAAGCUCACAGUAAAGGCUAGUAGUUCUAUGGCUUCCAGAAAGUUAUUAAGAAAUUAAUUGAUCUAAAAUCUUAAAUUUAAGUGUCCUUCUGAUAAUUUAUAAAGCUCAGUACCAUCCACCUGUAAGGAUCCUCCAGAAAAAAGUAAUUAAAGAUUCCCUUUGUAGAUGGUAUCAAAGGGAGAUUUUGACAAGUGUUCUGUGGAUUCCAGGUGCCAGAAUUACUGUUGAAAAGGAAUUUGAAUGGAAAAUGCCACCUUGGAAAGAUGGCACUGAUGUUGGAAUGAAACAGUUAUGCAGAUUCAAAUACUGCAUCCUGGUGCUUUUUUUGCCUCCCAGGAUUUUGAAGUUAGUGCUGAAAUAAAUAUGUUGACUAUUAAUCUUCUUGAAAAGAUGAUUUGGUUAAAUUUGCAAGAGAGACUGGGAAUUAAAGAAAACUGAUCCUUCUUUUCCCUGGCUGAUCUAAGACAAGUGUCUAAACUGAUGUGUGUCUUUUUUUAUCAGGGACUAAGUUCAAGACCUAAUUUACAUCAGUCAAAGGACCUUUGCCAGUCUUUUCUUAGGACUUUGAUAAUGUUUACAGAAUUCCUUUUGUAUAAGGGAAAUUGAAAUGCAAUGCUAAAACCUUUUACAUUCCAAUAUUCCUUUAAUUUUAGCAUCUCUGAGUGUCCCUGGAAAAAGCUACAAGCACAGUAUCCAUUGUUUCUCCUUCCCCUCUCCAGUUAAGUUACGUUAACUCUGAUCAUCAUUCCAGGCUCAGCAGCCACAAUAACGGAAUUUGACUUUUGGGAUUCUUUUUUUGAUUACUUCAGAUUAGGAGGAGUACAUGCCUUUUGCUUAUUCCUUGGCAAGCUUGGCAGUGUUCUGGUAGCCUGACUCUCUGGCAGUUCUUCUGGAAGAACAGUAGAGUUGGGUAUGGUGAAUAUUAGUUUUUCAAUGUGCACUACUUCUAGCUAACUGGAACCUUUUAGCUGGCUCUUGUGAACACAGCCAAUUAGAAGCAGGAAAUUUAUGAAAAUACCAGUAGAUAGCACAUAAAUGGAUUUUUGUCCUUUCCCCCUCUCCUCUCAGUUAAAAACUGUAAUUCCAGCUUCAUAGCCUUUUAUUCAGGAAGAGAGAAGAACAAAUCUUCAUUUGACUGCACAGCACAUGAGGCUAAGUAAUUGUGCCCUUACAGGAAGUGAACCCAAGGGAAGAUGGCAAGGACAGACACAAGGAUCACAAGAGUGCCACUGGGGUUUAUGUCGCCCUUUGGUGUUUUAUUCUGUUCCUGGGGACAUCAGACAGUAGGAGAGACUUGCCAUAUUCUUGCCAAUAUGUGAAAUAUACUCAGGGUUUGUUGCUUCAUCUACAGGCAGUUUUUAUUUAAAAUAGCUCUCCCAGAACAAAACUCUUUAGAUUCUUACUUUUAAGUAGUUGUAGUGACACUGUUGACAAGUUUAUCAGCAAAAGAAAUUUCCCUUUUAUUGAAGUACUUUAUAUGAUUUUUACAUAACUGGGAGUAAACUAUAUGAAUAUUCCCUCUUGAAUAGUUUUCAAUCUGAAUUAGAUUAUAUCAUUAUACCUUGGUUUUUUUUGGUCAUUAAACAUACUUUGUGCUACGUUUUGAUACCAUCAGCUUUGGUGAUCUGCUUGGCAGGAAGCAUGGUGGGUAUUUCUGAAGCUUUCCAUCCCACUGUCCUUGAGGUCAGGAAUGUGUGUUGUGUGCACUUUACUGUGAAUAGAGAGCUUCUGGUUGGAAUCACAAAGCUCCUUCCUUCCCAAAGUCCUUGCUCAGUUGCUUACAGCACUUAAUUCAAGGCUGACUUCCCUAAGGAAACUUCUUCGAUGUUGGGUGCCCAUCUCAGUAGGAUUUGGUGUUCUAACAGAAAGUGAUUUUUGCUCUGUUGACCAAUUUGUCCAACUUUUUUUCACUUUUUGCUGUACAGAUAACAUAACCUCAACCAAGCAGCCUUAGCAUACAGUUCUAGCAGGAAAUUUGUAUAUUCUGGAUCAGCUGACUUUCCAGCUAUAUUAGAAAGGGAAAUAGGGAGGGUGGUAGUCAUCUGUUCCCAAAGUGCUGAGACUCUAUACAUUGGAAUAUGGGAUUUUUUUUCACUACAUCAACAUUUUGCUCUGUUUCAUGUGAUGAAGUCCAUUCUGCCGGAUCGGUCCAUGUCUCACAAACAGGAUGGGACCCUGACUGGUUGCAGACUUUGGAUUUAUUAUCUGUUUGUAUCAUACAAGCAAAAAGCAAGAGACACAGGAAAAUAACAACAUCCAUGCAAAUCCAGAUGAAAGACAAGAUGGCCACUUAUGCAGAGCCUUUUUCUACAUAUUCUUUGAACCAAUAGCAUAAAAGUUUCUUUUGAAACUAUUCUUUGAACCAAUAGCAUAAAAGACAAGGUGUAAAGUCAUUAUACUCUAACCAAUAAAAAAGUGACCCACAUGGGUUUAACAUCAACAAAAGGACUUCUAUAAACCUCAAACAAUACACAAUAAUUCAUUUUUUCAGACUGAAACUUCUUCUAUCUUUGCAAAGCAUAUGUCUAGAACUUCUCACAUCUUGAACUAGCAAUAAGUUCUUGCUUUUUCUUGUUCCUUAUGAUAAAUAUAAAUGUAUUCACUUGGUUUUUAACUUCCUAGUUUCCCAUGAGAAGGUUUAGAAAUUUCCCAGCCUUUCUUAGCUUUGUGUCUACUUUCUGAGGCCUUUUUGCACUUUCUAAAUUCUUUUACCUUUUUAUAUUCCUACAGUCCAUUGUGAAUACUGAUGCUAUCUGAAAUGGUUCAACACUGAUGAUGUGAACAAUUUCAUCUAAUUUAGUAUUUAUAGUAAUAAGAUUGUUCAUGAGCUGUUACAAAAAUCAAGGAAGAAUUUUCUGCCACAAGUUCUUUUCAGAAACCAUGUUUUUAAAAGGAAAGUGUGUUGGGCUCUGUGUGUGCCUCCAGCUUCCUGAGAACAGCUUUUCCUUCAUUUUGGUACUUAAUCAUGUUCAUGAGAUCACUGUGCUAUUGUAAACUGGGGAGGAGGAAGGUAUUUAAACACGUUUGUCUUAAACACUGAUGUUUACAACCAUAGCAUGUGCUGACCAUUUUGGAGGGAAAGCACACAAAUGGUUUAUUGUCUUAAAACCAUGUGCCUCACUGUAAUGUGGCUAAAUUUUUUACCAGCUGUGGAAAUCUUUGUAAAAUAGAAACCAAACUCAGAAAUUCUCUGCAGUGUUUUAUGCUGUUACUGGUUGUGUUUGCUAAUGUGCUUUUUCUGUGUAUUUACACUGUUUGAUUUUUACUUUGAUAAACAUCUUUUUUUCUGACUUACAACUUUCUCUGUAAUGAAAUUAAACCCUUACAAGUGCUGUUUAUCUCCUUCAGUAAAGUUAUCACUGCAUUAAAUUAAUUGUUCUUACAGUUAAUAUUCUUAAUGUUCUUAUGGCUUUUUUAAAAAUGCUGAUUCUCCUGAUGAUGCUGAAAUUGCUGUGGGUAAUUUGUUUCCUUUUGUUCGUGUGUUUAGUUUUUUUUAAAUUAUUGUCCUGUCCUCACUUGCUUUGCUGUGCACACAACUUGUACUGCUGGGGGGAGUUUUUGUGUUACCAGUUUUGCAGCAGCUUCACUGAGCAGUUGCAGGCACCUAGACAAUUGGUUGGUAUGAGUGGAGGUGUUAAGGUGAGGAUGAUAUUUUCAUUAUUUCAUAUUUAUUUACCUUAAGAGUCAACCUAGGUAUGCCAACAAGCUAUCCUUAGUCCAUGCUACAGAGGAAAUAAUGCCUGGUGCUAUUCUGUCAUCAAAGACAACAGGAAGCAACACACCUCUGAAAUAAAUAUGCUCUGAGUACUGAUGUACACUCAGUAAAAUGUAAAUAAAUUAAAAUAUCAAUGAUUUAGGAAGUUGUGUUAAAAUAAUUAGCGGCAAUUAUUUUAUUUUUCUUAGCUUUCAAAGAGCUGGUCUGUUUAAGUGUGUGCCUACUAUGCAUCCAAAGACCUGCCGUGGUUUAAUAUUUUUUGGCAGUGUAUGAAGGCUGUGUGUCCAUCAGGCUGUUCAGGGUAUGUUACACUGUCUCCUAACUGACAGGCAGGUGGGUUUUUUCCCUGUCUGCAAGGGUGGUGGUGAGACUUGUGUGCUGUGGGAGACUGUGUUUUCAAUUAUAUUUUGUUGUUGUUUUUGUUGAUUGUUCUUCUAAGCAAGCUCUGUCUCAUGGCGGACUGAACUGAACUUUCUGUCCUACAGGAAACUCCAAAGUUGCAAGCAGCAGCCUGUCUUUGGUAGUAUAGAAACCUAGGGGUUUGCAUUUUAUCUUUUUGAAAAGGUUAGAGUGUCCCAGGAAUGUCAGGAAAGCUGGAUACAUCUGUGUAAUAUCAAGGCAACUGCAAUUCCUCAUAGGGCAAUAAAUCCUUUCCGUGUCUAAUAGCUUAGAGGUAUUUUACUUGCCUAAAUCAACUUCCUGCAUAACAACAAAGCUGUUGAACUUUGCCACUUCAUUGUCAUGCUGAGGUCUUAAUGCUUGAAUGAUUAAAAAAAAAAUAAAAAAUGAAACCAUGAUUUGAAAUCCCUAAACAACGAUCAGCUGCCCUAAAGCGCAUUCUGUUGAUGAAUGAAUUUGCACUUUAGAAAUGCUCUGAAAGGGUUUGUCAGCUGUGCUGCAGCAUCUAGUCCCUGAAUCCCAUUACCUUGCAAAGUCACCUGCAUUCAAAUUCAGUGACAAGGCUCUUGGAAAGCUGCUGUAAUGUCUGCCCCUUUCCCUUCUCCUUCCUUAAGGUCUGAUUUGCAAGGGAAGGUAUUUAAUGGAUGUGAGCCAUUCAAAGGUGGGGGUUGAUAGUUAUUUUGCAUCCCUUGCUUGUACCUUUCCUGUUGAGCUCAGCCGUGGUUCCAAUAUGUGUGGGGGUACAGGCUUGUAACUUCCCAGCCAUGAAGUGCUGGAGAUCCUAAAGGGAAAAAAAUUCUGGUUUUCUCACUUUUCAGAAGAAAGCUGCUGGUGAAUUAGAGAUGGAAUAGUCUAUCUAAGCUGCCAGUCUUUGGGAUUGCUAUUUUAAGUUAGCCUGGUUAAAACCCUUUUAAGUUUCUCUUACGUUCCCUUGUGGCAUCUCUAAGAGAAGUUAUUCCCGAGAAUUCGUGCUUCAAAACCUCUGUGGGAAUAAGUGUGGAGUAACAUGGGUGUAGUGUAAAAAUGGUACAAUGAAAGUGUCACCUGCUCAGUGUGAUUUCAUUGCAGCUCUGAGGGGCUGUCAUGCCCUAAAAGCUGGGGAAAUGCUGAAAGCUGGAGAGGGGCUUUGUACUGGGCACACAUAGUGACACAGGACAAGGGUGAACAGCUUCAUACUGGAAGAGGGGAUGUUUAGAUUAAGGAUUAUGUGGUAAAUAGGUAUGAUUCAUGCUGACAAAAUUGAAACAGUAAUCAAUAUUGAUUCAGUAAUUAAUAUUU